AGUGUGUAGUGAGGGGUUUUACAGCCUUAAAACAUCUAUAAUAAUUUUAAAAAAUAAAGCUGGCUACUUUGCGGAUUUAAUCUGUCGCGGGUUAUUUUCAAAACGUGACUCCUGCGAUAAAUGAGGGACCACUGUACAAGAAUCACUCCUUUUAGCAUUUACCAAAAAUCUAAAUUGUGUCAAUUAUGACUAAUGAAACAGGACAUGAAGUCAUUCUCAUUUAAUGAAAAGUUAACAACGCAAAAGAAAAUUUCUGAGCUUGUUUUGAUGCAUGAAUACUUGUUGUUGAAUUGAAGAAGAAAGGUGUGGUAAGGUGCUUUGACAUAAUGAUUUGACGAAAGAAGACUUGAAAGUAUGAAUGAUCAUGCUGUAAAAAUGUAAACACACCCAAACCUGAUGUCACCUGUUCAGUAUAUAAAGUGCAGUGGUGCUCCUCAGCUUUAGUAUCACGGUCCAGGCAAACUAAUCCGCAGAACUGACCUGUUCAUCACAAUGAAGCUGCUGUUUUCUCUGUUUCUCCUCUGGGCACUCUCUACCACAGCUGGAGCCCUUGUAUGCCAAACCUGCACAGAUUCGACGUGUUCAAGCACAGUACCAGUUACAUGUUCAUCGGAAACAAUGUGUGUUACAGCUACCAUUCUAGCUACUUUAUCUGGAACUACGACAACACAAAUCUACAAGGCAUGUGCAUCUUCCUCCCUGUGUCCAGCCGUAACCUCUCAGACAUUUUCAGUCGACCUGGGUUUUCAAAGUGCUCUGGCUUCUGCUCAAUGCUGCGACACAGAUAACUGCAACUCAGCAACUCUGACAAAUCCUGCUUCUCAGUCAAAUAAUGGUGGGGUAUGCAACUUUUGUGACCCUUCCACUGGUCAGUGCUCCUCCACAUUACAGUGUCAGGGAGUGGAGAACCAAUGCUUCCAAUCAAUCAUCAAAAGCAGCACCAGCACGUAUCCAGCUCGGGGCUGCGCAUCUGCAAACCUGUGUGCAGCUGCUUCAAGCCUGGGAUCUCUACCUUUCAUGCAGAGCGUUGGUAGCGUAUCAGGUGUUGCCUGUUCUGCAGCACCAACUACAACUGCUGCCCCGACUACAACCACCGCCCCAACUACAACUACAACCACCGCUGCGACCACAACCACCAUCCCAGCUACAACUACAACCACCGCCGCGACCACAACUGCCGUCCCAACUACAACCACCGCCACGACCACAACUACCGUCCCAACUACAACCACCGCUGCGACUACAACCACCGCCGCGACUACAACCAGCGCCGCAACCACAACCACCAUCACAGCUACAACUACAACCACCGCCAUGACCCCAACCACCGUCCCAGCUACAACCACCCCCCCAACUACAACCACUGCCCCAACAACAACUACAACCACCGCCGCAACUACAACCACCGCCGCGACCACAACAACCGCCGCGACCACAACCACCGCCCCAGCUACAACUACAACCACCGCCCCAACUACAACCACCAUUCCAACAACAACUACAACCACCGCCGCAACAACAACCACCGCUGCGACCACAAGCACCGUCCCAGCUACAACUACAAAAAAUGCCCCAACUACAACCACCACCGCAACUACAACCACCACCCCAACAACAACUACAACCACCGCCACAACUAUAACUACAACCACCGCCGCAACUACAACCACCGCCCCAACUACAACCACAACCACCGCCGCAACUACAACCACCACCCCAACAACAACUACCGUCCCAACUACAACCACUAACCCAACUUCAACCACCAUCCCAACUACAAUCACUGUCCCAACUACCACCAGUACAACUACAACCACCGCCCCAACAACAACCACCACCCUAACAACCACCGUCCCAACUACAACCACCGCCACGACCACAACUACCGUCCCAACUACAACCACCGCUGCGACUACAACCACCGCCGCGAUUACAACCACCGCCGCAACCACAACCACCAUCACAGCUACAACUACAACCACCGCCAUGAGCCCAACCACCAUCCCAGCUACAACCACCCCCCAAACUACAACCACUGCCCCAACAACAACUACAACCACCGCCGCAACUACAACCACCGCCGCGACCACAACCACCGCCCCAGCUACAACUACAACCACCGCCCCAACUACAACCACCGCCCCAACUACAACCACCAUUCCAACAACAACUACAACCACCGCGGCAACAACAACCACCGCUGCAACCACAAGCACCGUCCCAGCUACAACUACAACCAAUGCCCCAACUACCACCACCACCGCAACUACAACCACCACCCCAACAACAACUACAACCACCGCCACAACUACAACUACAACCACCGCCUCAACUACAACCACCGCCCCAACUACAACCACAACCACCGCCGCAACUACAACCACCACCCCAACAACAACUACCGUCCCAACUACAACCACUAACCCAACUUCAACCACCAUCCCAACUACAAUCAGUGUCCCAACUACCACCAGUACAACUACAACAACCGCCCCAACAACAACCACCACCCUAACAACCACUGUCCCAACUACAACCAGUACCACGACAACCACCGCCCCAACGACAACCACCGCCCCAACUACAACCAGUACAACGCCAACCACCACCCCAACGCCAACCACCGCCCCAACUACAACCAGUACAACGACAACCACCACCCCAACAACCACCGUCCCAACUACAACCAGUACAACGGCAACCACCGCCCCGACGACAACCACCACCUCAACAACCACCGUCCCAACUACAACCAGUACAACGCCAACCACCACCCUAACGCCAACCACCGCCCCAACUACAACCAGUACAACGGCAACCACCACCCCAAUGACAACCACCGCCCCAACAACAACCACCACCCCAACAACAACCACCGCCCCAACAACAACAACCACCCCAACAACCACCGUCCCAACUACAACCAGUACUACGACAACCACCGUCCCAACUACAACCAGUACAGCGGCAACCACCACCCCAACAACCACCGCCCCAACAACAACCAGUGCAACGACAACCACCACCCCAAUGACAACCACCGCCCCAACAACAACAACCACCCCAACAACCACCGUCCCAACUACAACCAGUACUACAACAACCACCACCCCAACAACAACUACCGUCCCAACUACAACUAGUACAACGCCAACCACCACCCCAACAACCACCGCCCCAACUACAACCAGUACAACGCCAACCACCACCCCAACAACCACUGUCCCAACUACAACCACCGCCCCAACGCCAACCACCACCCCAACAACCACUGUCCCAACUACAACCAGUACUACGACAACAACCACUGUCCCAACUACAACCAGUACAACGCCAACCACCACCCCAACGACAACCACCGCCCCAACUACAACCAGUACAACGCCAACCACCACCCCAACGACAACCACCGCCCCAACUACAACCAGUACAACGGCAACCACCACCCCAACGACAACCACCGCCCCUACAACAACAACCACCACUACGACAACCACCGCCCCAACAACAACCACCACCCCAACAACCACUGUCCCAACUACAACCACCACUCCAGCAACAACCACCGUCCCAACUACAACCAGUACAACUACAACCACCACCCCAACAACCACUGUCCCAACUACAACCAGUACAACGCCAACCACCACCCCAACAACCAUUGUCCCAACCACAACCAGUACAACGGUAACCACCACCCCAACGACAACAAGUACUACGACAACCACCACCCCAACGACAACCACUACAACUACAACCACAGUCCCAACGACAACCAGUACAACUACAACCACUGCCUCAACAACAACCACCACCCCGGCUACAACCACUACAACUCCAACCACUACCCCAACUAUAACCACCGCCCUAACUACAGCUACAUCCAGUACCCCAACUAUAACCUCCGCCUCAACAACAGCUACUGCCCCAACUACAACUUUCACCCCAACUACAACCACGGCCCCAACUACAACCACUACACCAAGUACAACCACCGCCUCAACAACCACCACUCAAACGACAACCAUCACCCCAAAAACAACCACCGCUCCAACAACAAUCACCGCCCCAACUACAGCUACUUCCAGUACCCCAACUACAACAACCACCUCAACAACCACCACCACAACUACAACUGUCACCCCAACUACAACCACAGCCACAACUACAACCACCACCCCAACUACAACUACCGCCACAACUACAGCCACCACCCCAACUACAACUACAACCACC